CGUAAAGUAACGGGAGCGAUGCCGAGUGGAACUUAGCGCUGAGCCGGGCCUAGAUUGCCGGGUGCUGAUUUCAAUUCCUAGUUUUAGAAUCAUUCCUAGUUUUUGUUUUGCUUCAAUUUGUGCCUAUACGAUGAGAACUCCUCCAGUGAUCAAAUGAUAUUGGGAUUAUUUGGAUCGGGCCCCAUUUUGGGUCAUUCAUAUUUGUGUGUGCGGACCGAACUGACAUUUUGGAACUAAGUGAAUUAAUUAGAUGAGAGUAAAAAUGCCUCUUUGCAGGGUUUUAGUGGCUGGACUGAUCUUGAUAUUAUUGCAUUGUGCAGCGGCAGCUUUUUAUCAAGGAAAUGGUGAUAUACAAAAUGAGUAUGUUAGAACAGGCAACAACGCGACUGUGUUUUGUCAACCUGCUGCGGACAUUGAGAACAUCAACCGCAUAGUGUGGUACAAAGAAGACAGAAAAAUUAUCGAAUACAUCAAUGGUCGUCGUUCAUAUUGGGAUGCUGGACCUCAUGUUUCUCUUCUUCCUCAUAACAAUGCCCUCUAUUUCCGGAGAGUUACUUACCAAGACAGUGGAGAAUAUUACUGUGAAGUGAACAAUAAACGAACAAGGAGUUCUCUGGCCCGAUUGCUUGUGCAAGAUAUCCCUGAUCCCGGUGGCAUGCCAUUGAUAAUGGGUUUCACAUCAAGAUCUGUUAAUUUGUCGUGGGCUCCCAGUACAGAUAAUCAUAACAGUCCGAUUCUUCAUUAUAUCAUUAAUGUCAGCAACUUGUUUAUUUUACAAAGCACUGAUAAACUCAAACCAUUGCAAAGAUUUAGGAAACAUAAUGUUCUAAAUUUCAACUAG